ACAAUAAAGUAAAUUGUAUGCACAGAAGCUGUAUUAUGAUUGCAUGUGUGGUCUGUGAUUGAUGUGUGUCUUUACAUAUAACUCGCCAUUAAUAAUUGUAAUAUAAUGACAACACUAUUAAUCAUGAUGAUAACCAUAAAAUUUUAUUUGUAAAACGCCAUCGAAAUCAUGUCACAUAUAUGAUUCGUUUAUUUUUGUCAUAACAACAAUUAGACUGUGGUUAAUAAUAAAAAAAUAACAAAGAAAAAUAAUCAUCAAUACAUAAUUGUCUGUUUAAAGAAACAGAUUUCUAUAGUGAAGAAGAAGAAAAUAAAUAUUUUGAGGGGAAAAAAGGCGGAGUAUAAGAAAGACAAUUUUUAAAAAAUGACCACAAACUAAAUGUAUGACAAUCUCCAAGAAGAAAAAUGAUGAUGAUGAUGAUGAUGGUUAAUUGAACAGUCUUAUUUCUGUUGUAAACAAUAAUUUCUUUCUGGUAACAUUUCAUUAGUUUUAUUCAAAUAUCCAAACCAAAUUACAUAUCUGUAUUCAUAACCCAAAUUAUACAUAUAUAUACAUAGAUUACUAUUGAAAACAACACUCAUCAAAAUCAUAUCAUUAUUUGGAUAUUUCUAUUUGGAAUAAUAAUAAGUGAGUAAAUUACUUCUACAAUUUAAUAUAACAAACAUAUUGUGUUCAUGUAUUUGGACAAAAAUUUGGAAUAUAUCACUUUUGUAUUAUUGAUCACAAUUUGAACUACAAACUUAAGUCUGUAAUUAAUUCAAGAAGAAAAAAUGAUUUGGAGAUUAUUUUCAAUUAAAGCUUUUGUAUUUUGGACUAUACUACUUAUAAGGGAGGUUCUUCUCUCUGAUACGAAAGUACCAAUGGUUGUAAAUCAUAAUAACCAAAUUCGCUUACAAGUUGGUGAUUUACUGCGUCUUGAAUGUCCUAUUCACAUUACUUCAACUGGUGGCCUAGUCUCUUCAUCCAAUGAUAAUGAUGCUAGUUCUAAAACACAUCAACUUGAAUACAAUACUGGUGUUAUUUAUAAUUGGAAAGUACGAGAUUUACAUGAUUAUUCUUUGGAUACCAAUAAUCAUUAUCAUUUCAGUCAACAACGUCGUAUCCUUGAAGUUACUGAACCAUUACAAGUUUCUGAUUCAGGCAAUUAUACGUGUUCUGGAAUAACCGGUUUUGGAAAACGAGAAGUAACAUUUGAAGUUCAUGUAAGAGAUCCUAAUGUCAAUCUUCUAUGUGCUAUCCCAAAUGUGGAGAAUACCAAAGCAAAAGCCCCAUGUUUUACUGAUACGGCUUUGAAAACUAACCCAUCAAUUAGUUUAGAGAGACUUAUUGGUUCAUCUGUCACAUUUAAUUGUGAAGCUGAAGGUACUGAACCAAUAAAAUAUAGAUGGUUUAUGGGUAGUGCUGUAGCUGAUUGGAUAACAACUGGUCAAGGUGUUCGUGGACCAAUUUUAACAAUUGAUCGAGUUGGUCGAGAACAUACUGGACAGUAUACUUGUCAAGUUUCAAAUUCAGUGGGAAGUCUAAAUUACACUUAUAGGCUCUUAGUUAGUGAACCACCAUCGGCUACACCAAAAAUUCUUGGUCCUGUACAGAAUUAUACAUUUAAAACUGAUGAUAGUGCUACGGUUAUCGCUAGAAUAAAAUGUGCAUGUGAUGAACCUGUGAUACAAUGGUUAAAACGAGUUGAACCAGGCGAAGAAUUAAUGUAUGAACAGUCAGGUGCAACCAAAAUUCCAUUACCAAAUGCAAGAAUAACUGAGCAAAAUGAAAUCUAUGUUAUCUUAGGUUCAUGGAUCAACUCGCCUGCUAUUGUAGAAAAAACAACAGCCUAUACAGAUAGAUUAGAUAGUCUUCAUGAUAUGAAAACAUCACCAACAUCAUCAUCACUAAAUGCCAAUAGAGAUACAAAUCAUUUACAAAUUAUUGAUAGUAAUAAUGACGAAAAACCAUCAAUUUACUUUCAGCCUAAAGUGAAUUACAAUAAUAAACAUAAUCAGAAGAAAGAACAAUUAUUUAUGACUAAAUUGCGAUUUCAAAAACCAUUAAAUAAAGAACGACAUGAAGGAAAGUAUAUUGUUAUGACUAUGAGUUUGUCAGAUGUUAAAAGUUUAGAAUAUAUUGUAAUAUAUGUGAAUAUAGUUCAAGAUUCAGCAUUUUUAAAAGGACGACGCGUUUUAAUAUAUUUUCUUGUUCCUUUUGGAUUACUGCUUGCUAUUCUUGGAUUAAUUGCUUACAUGUUUGUAUUUCGACGUAAACGUGUUCCAAAUCAUUUAAUAUCCUCUAGUAAUGAAAGAUGUAUAUUACGAACCGCUGAACUCAGCCCUGAAGCAUAUCAUGUUAUACAGAAUGGAAAAAAAUCUUCUAGUUUAAAUACAUCAUCUAGGCUAUCUUCAAAUAGUCAAAACACUGGUAAACCAAAUUAUUCUUAUAUGGGAAUUCAAUCUACUUACAAUUCAAGUGAUAAUCAACACAAUCAAGCAUCAAAAGGACAAGAACUAAUAAAUCAUUAUCCUAACAUUCAGGUUAAUCCGUCACGUUUUAAUCAGUCUGUAAAUUUUUCUCAAAAUACUCCAGUUUCAAGUGAUCCUAGACUCCUUUUAAAUAUUAGCGAUGAUUCUAGUCGUGUAAACAGUAAGGCAAGUUCUGGAUCAUUUAUGAAUGGUAACUGUUUACCUGCUUCUCAUCCAUCUCACUGUAUCUUACCUUGUCCACCCAAUACUCAUAAUAUGACACCAUCCAAUCAUAGUGAUAUUCAGCAGGCAAUCAAUAACUUCAAUCAAUUUCCAGCUCAUUUCAUGAGUUCAAAUGAACAGAACAUAAAUCCUCAAGUAUUUAACGAAAAAUCUCUACAACCAACAUAUCAACCUGCACCAUUUCCAGGUUCAGUACCCAAUUUUAUGCUUAGUGUUCCACCAGCUCCUUCUAAUGCUAGUGAAGUAUCAUUUGAUCAGUAUUCAGCAGUAAGUCAAAGUCCAGUCUCCUCAAGUACUCUUACAAAUCAUUAUACAGCUCCAUUUGGUGAAUUUGUUCAUAAUGAAAAUUCAGAAUGUAAAGAUUUCCGAUAUCAUUUCCAAUCUCAUUAUCUUCAAACAUAACGAAUACUUAAAAAUUAAUUCAUAAACAAACGAAAAUCAAUUUUCAACUAAAAUGAAAUAGGCUCAUAUAUAUAUUUUGUAAAUAAAACAUACUUUAUUUCUUUUCCAAAAGUAAAUACAUAAAUUAUGAAAAGUUUAAUUCUUUUGAAAAAAAUACAAUCCUAAUUCAAUUUUGUCAAUAAAUUUGCCAUUUACUUCAUUAGUUACAUGAAAAUACCACCUAAUUUACUCAAUCUUCAUUAGUAUAAAUAUAUAUAUAGUCAAGGUCUGAACUACUUAUUUACUGAAUAAAAUCUUUUUUUUAAAUUUGCUACUAUUUAUGGUCUCUUUACAAUGCAUUUAACAUAAAUAACAACAGCUUGUAGUAUGUUUAAAACAAGCGCACAAUAAUUAUUACGGUCACAGGGUUCAAUAAUCAAUGAACUUCUUUUAUUUCUUCACUGAAAUAAUGUUUUUUUUCUUAACAAUCAAUGAAUUUAAACAAAGAUGAUAAUUUUUUUUCUUCAUUACUUCAUAUAAUAGGUAACUUCUUUUGUAUUGAUGGAAUAAAUCUAAACACCUGAUUUUAGUGCUCAUCAGUGUAUAAUGAAAAUAUAAUGAUGAAUAGCAUUAUUAUUAUUACUAUUUUUUCUUUAAUUUUUACCCAUUUCAAUAAAUCAUAUAUAGAACAUUCUCAUAUUACUGACAGUUAUAAAAGAAAUGUAUACACUUCAAAUAAAUCACGUUGUAUAAUUAUAAUGACUGAACCACUAUUAACAAUAAAUUCAUUAUCACCAUGUAUAUUUUAUACAUACUUUAUCUUUCAUGAAACAUACAUUUAUUAUGUUCUUUUGUCUCUUUGAAUUUAAAUCGAAUAUUUGCUUUGAUGAAUAAACCUUGUUUUUUUUU